CAAGUGUUUCUUUCGCGUUUUUAUGUAUUUCACAAUUAAAAAAACUAUUGCCUAUGCAGCAAAUGUAAAUGACUGAUCUGCAAACAAAUCUGAGAUAACUACAAAAUGAUGGUGGGUUUGAAUUCAGCGGUUCCGAUAUCAAACAAUCUUGUGAAGCGAACAGGGCUACUUUUAAUGAUUCAAACGAAAGCUUCAACUUUGCUUUAUAUGAAUGCUUAAACGGUUUUCCUUACCGUGUGCACCAUCGCAAAAUUUUCUAUACAUUGUUAAACGCUUUGCCUCUAGUACACAACAGUGGAGCACGCAAGAAGACGAGAUUUUAAAGAACUUUGUUCAACAGAAUGGCAGAAAAUGGUCGCAACUUGUGAAUCACUGUCUCCCAACCCGAACUGUCAGUCAGUGUAAAUCUCGCUGGGAAAGCAAACUCGAUCCAGUUUAUAUCCGCGGGCCAUUUACGCACGAAGAAAAAGAAUUAGUUCGUAAGGGCAUAGAAAAAUUUGGAGAAGGAGAGUGGACGUUGAUUAGCCGACAUUUCCUACCUCAUCGUUCACCGCGCCAUAUAUCGUUUCAGUUGGAAGCGUUAAAGCAUGUUUCAAGCAAUAAGAAAGCAUGGACAAAGGAAGAGGAUGAUCUUCUACUCAAAGGCUUCGCGGAAUUUGGCCGACAAUGGACACAUAUAUCAAAAAAGUAUUUACCAGGGCGCACUAGAACACAACUAUGGGCUCGAUAUUCAACAAUUUUGAAGAUGAACUCGGAAUGGACGGAUAAUGAGCUGGAUUUAUUGUUAAAGAGGACAAUUACAUUGGGUCCAGACUGGGAAAAGGUAGCUGAGGGAAUCCCAGGAAAAACGCCAGACCAAUGUCAAUCUGUGUGGAAAAGCAAACUUGACCCUGAUGUAAAUCGUGAGAAGUGGUCGGAGGAGGAAGAACGUUUAUUUUGGGUAUUUUUGUAUAAAUAUGAAGGGAAUUUUAAGGAAGUACUGCCAAAACUAUCAUCUGGCAGGGACCUAAAACAAUUGUAUAAGAAGUUCCACUCGAUUGUUGGCACCGACCACGAAUUUCAGAUUUUAUACGGUGAGCUUAUCAAGCAACGGAAGUCCGAGAAUCGGCCAGCUUGGAGAGCCAGAAUGGCUAAACUAGUCUGUGAAUGGAUUGAUGCCGAUCUUAUUCUUCGAGAAACCUCCAAUAAAAGUCUAAUGUACCAGAAAGCUGGUUCUUGGGACAACAGCGAAGUGGAAAGACUACAGUCUGCGGUCGCAACAGUGAUGAACAAGAAAAAUUAUAUUCAUCGAGAUGAUUGGGUUGAUAUUGCAAAUAAAGUUUCUGGCCGAACAGUAGAACAAUGUAAAGCAAAAUACUCGCAUAUUAUAGCAAAGGAACACGCGUCACAAAAUGCCUGGACUGAAGAAGAGGAUCAGUUACUACAGACUUUAAUUGAAAAACAUGGAGCAAGCAAUUGGGAUAAAAUAGCAGAGUUUAUUCCAACACAUAACAAAGCCCAAUGCAUGCGGCGUUGGAAUACUCAUGUGAAGUAUAGAUCGGAUAACAUCUCCUAUGGUCCUCUUACAGAUAAGGAAAUAUCAUUGCUUGUAGAAGGAGUACAAAUGUUUGAUACCGAUUGGAAUGCUGUACGUAUGACGUAUUUGCCAAACAGAACUACACAACAACUAGCUCAAUGGUGGUAUAGGCAAAAGAAAAAAAAGGAAUAUACGGAUGGUACAAUUGAAAGACAAUAUCAACAGAGACAACCUUGGACGGAAGAAGAGGAUAAUGCGCUCAAAGUAGCAGUAGCCAAAUACGAGAAUGAGCGAGGUAUAGUAUCCUCAUGGGCCAAAGUAGCGAAACUUUUGAAGCAUAGAACACCGAAACAAUGCCAACAGAGAUGGAUCUUCUCAUUGCAUCCUGCUAUUAAAAAAGGCAGGUGGAGCCCCGAGGAAGAAAUGCGACUAUUGGAACUAGUACAAAAGUUCAAAUCUGGAGUUGGAGAGCUUCAGAAUAUAUGGCCCGAAAUUGCUAAAGAACUGAAUAAUGGCCGUACGGAGUGGUCCUGCCGCAUGAAGUUUUAUUAUAUGAAGAAAAAAGGACUUAAUUUUAUGUGAUUUCUCGAAUAAACGAUUGGAAAAUACUAUCUUGCAAAAAUCGUCAUACAGCUUCAUUCAUUGUAACGAAGGGCUACUGUUCCUUUCUUAGCCGUUAAUCGAUGAUUACUCUUUAAGGUUACUGAUUGCCAAUGCAAUGGUAUGACUCCUCUACUGCUCAAUUGUAAGACAAAUUA